GCCCAGGAGGCGGGUAUGCGGCUGCGCGUUGGGCGCGCCACGGCCGCGGGCGGGUUGAGGCGCUGCGCUCGCCCCCGCGCCGCCAUUUUGUGCCGCCGCCCGCAGCAGGAUGGAGCCGAGUACCCAGGGGAAGCUGCCCGCCGCCGCCUGCCGCCGCCUCGCAGCCCCUCGACGGAGCGUUGCUCCGCAACCCCGACCGCACCGCUGGGAACGCUGAGGAGCCUCCUCUGCCCGCCGCCGCUCAUGGAGCCGAGCGGCCGGGAAAGCGCCGGCCUAGGGCGGGCCCGGCUGAGCUUAGCCGCGGCCUGGCCUAAGCUGGCGGGGCCUAGCGCGGCCCCCGCCGGCGCCUCGCCCCAGGCGAGCCCGCCUUUCUCUUUGCUGCGGCUGAUGUCGCAACUCCUCUCCCCGCUGCCCGCUUUGCUGCAGCGGCUGCUGCCCGGCCCCGCGCUGAGCGGUGCCCUCUGCCCCGCCGGACCGCCGCCCGCCAAGGGCCCCCAGCUGCUGCUGCUGUCGGAGCCCGCCGCCUCGCUGGACUGGGCCGAGGAGACGCUGCCGUGGCCGGAAGAGCCCCGGGAGAAGGGGCGAGAGGGCAGCGCGGAGCCCCUCCCGGGCCUCCGGGGAAUGGGGCUGGUGCGGAGCAGCCUGGUGUCCUUCUCCGUACCGCGUGUGGGCUUGUACAUGCAGGACCCGGAGCAGGGCCAGGCCUCCUCCUCCUCCGGCAAGAGCCAUCUGCCCCAGCCCCUGCGAGCCGACGUCUCCGCGGAGGCCUGGCGAGGCUGCCCCGCCCGGGGCGGCUUGCCGGAGGCUGAGUUCCUCCGCAGCAAGCGCUUGGCCUUUCUCCAGCAGUGGCAUUUAGCGAGCUUAACUGUGCCAGACCCGGACCACGGCUAUCACAGCCUGGAGGAGGAGCAGCACAAAGGUGUUUGUCAAGAAGAGGUAGGGCUACGAAGAGAGCAGCCGUGCGAUGCCGGGGAGUUGAAGGGACCCGAGGAGCCGAGAGAUACUGAGAGGCAAUCUGGAGGUUGUCCCCUGGAUCAGGAGGGCGUAAGGGGUUCAGCUGAGAAGGGGGCACUGGCGGGGGAAGCCUUGACUGAAGAGGAUGACGAGGACUCUGAAAUAGAGCAAAACCUUCCAGAUCCAGCCAGACCUGUCUGUGCGAAUAAAUUAAUAGACUAUAUCAUAGGGGGAGUUUCCAGUGGGGAGGAGAGUGCGGGUGAUGAGGAUGACUGGGAUGAUGAUGAUGACGAUGGGUUUGAUAGUGAAGGGCUCCCCUCGGAUUCAGACGCUGGUAGCCAGGACGGAGAAAGGCUUCAUCUCUGGAAUUCCUUCUACAGUUUGGACCCGUACAACCCUCAGAACUUCACAGCCACCAUUCAGACAUCUUCCAGUAAUCCGGGAAAGGAUAUGUUGGAUGUGGAGGAGGAGGAGGAGGAGGAAGAUUCUUCAUGGGCAGAGUCUUCAGGCUCUCCUCAACCUAGUUCUGAAGAGGAGGACGACUGGGACUGUAGCAGUGUGGAUGAGGCAGAAAACUUGAAACUUUGGAACUCAUUCUGUACCUCAGAUGAUCCAUAUAACCCUUUAAAUUUCAAGGCAGCCUUUCAAACAGCAGAGAAGAAAGGGGCGCCUGGUUUAAAAGGAGCAGAGAGGCCGAGUUUGGUCGCUUCUGAGCGUAGUCACUUAACUGUCUGCCAGGUGCAGCUGGAAAAACAUAACUGUGGGGUCGCUGACUUUGUGCAGCAUGACAUUCUUUCUGGUGAGAAGUGUAGGAGUACCAAGAGGAAAAAGGUAACCUUCCUUGAAAAAGUUACCGAGUAUUACAUAAGCAGUGAGGAGGAUCGUAAAGGACCCUGGGAAGAGCUUGCACGAGAUGGAUGCAGGUUCCAGAAACGUAUCCAAGAAACAGAAGAAGCCAUAGGUCAAAAUAAAAAAGCAGCACCGUUUGGAUGUGUGUUUGGACCUGAAGGAUGUUGUGUGGCUGUUAUCCAAGCAGUCUCUUCGAUCUUGGAGAACUUGGUGCUUCAGUUACUCUGGACAACUCACUUGGUUCACUGGUGCUUGCAAGAAGCUUUAGAGUGGUGUGAAUUAACACCUGCAAAUACCGAUCCACUGUUUGCAGAGGCUUGGAAGAGGCUACAGCUGGGAAUGGAACAGAAUUGACAAAUUGGACACAAACUAGGUCAAAACCUGCCUCUUCCAAAGUGCUUGUGCAAAGUGAGAAGUUAGGUUUUUUUUUUUCCAACCUGCAGUGUAUCAAGCGCUCUGGUCUAACGCUGCAGAUUCUCACUGAGGCAUACUUGCUUGGUAAGCUUUUCCCCCUCAAACCUCAUGUUUCCAGAGUAUCAAAUGUAAGCUGAUAGGAAAUUAACACUAACUUCAUUACAGUAGACAUCCUCUUAAAAGCAAGCCAAGCUUGGUUGUCACCAUUUUCCCUGUAACAUAUCUCAAAGUGGUCAUAUGGGAUAUGUACAGUUGUACGUGCUUUGAGUGAGACAGUAAUAAUAACACUUGUUGAACUUUAAAUCAAAACUGUAAUUAUAAGAUUUUAUUUUUGUAUAAUUUAGAGAAAGUUAGAAAACCUUCAACAUUGGCUUUAUACAGAUUUUAAUUGAUUUGUGUCAAGUUUGUUGGGUUUUUAUAUCUAAAGUUAUAUUUCUGUACAUAAAACUAUUCAGAACUAAUCUGUAAAUUGUAAUAAAGAUAUUUGCAAGAUA